CCGCGUCUCGUGACUCGUGUGAAACACUCUGAACAAAAAAUAAAAUAAAACAGCCGUUAACUUUUUUAUUAUCCUCGAAUGACAAUAACACCCUCGAAACUCCCACAUUAUUUCAGCUUUUUCCCCCAUUGAGAGACGACCGAACUUUUCCCACCUUUUUACCAUCUCUCUCCGCAUCGUAAAAACUCACACUCUCUCUCUCAUCCCCAUCCAUCCCCUCUCUCUCUUCAUCCUCUCUCUCCAACGCGAUGAACGGAGAUAAAGAUCUCGCCGGAGACGGAGAGUGCUCACGAACCAAAACCUCAAAGCCUCGAUUCGCUCAUCUAAACACAAACAACAACCAAGACGACAAAACCAACAACAACCAGUUUCACCAAGGCCUCGACUUUCUCACCUCCCGAUCCAACACCCUCGACGCCUUCUCCUCCAGAUCAUCCCCCAGAUCCGGAAACGAGCUCACCCUCAGCUACCUCUGCGAAAACAACCGCGACCUCUCCGAGAAAAUCGCCGAAAGUCAAAAGGGCAAAGAGGUCGUAACCUUCCCCGAGAAUCAAACCUACGACGACGAGGAGAAAUGGAUCGAGAGAGACUUCUUCAACUCCUCUAAGCGAAAAGCUCACGAAGAAGUCAAACAAGAACAAGAACAAGAACAAGAAGAAGAGAAGGAAAAAAACAAGAUCGAGACUUUAAACCUCUCUCUAGCUUUACCAGACGUGUCUCUAUCACUAACGGCCUCAAACGCCGUCAAAAGACCGAGAAUCAACAGCGAGCGUACAACGACGUCGUUUUCCAACGACUUCACGGCCACGGCUCCGUCCAUGUCUUACUCCUACUCCCACCCUUUCUCCCACAACCUCAGCUGCUCCGCCGACUUCGACUGCUCCGUCAGUAAAGACGACCGCAUCUGGUGCGCCGGCGAAGGUACCAACGGAUCCGUCCACAGCCGGUUCAGACCCGUCGGCGACGGCGGCGGCGUCGCGCUCGCCAGAACUCCGAUCUCCGGUAAACCGUCGACCUCCUCCGACUACUCCUUCUUCCCUUCCGAGCUACCCGCUCGCCCGGGGAUGGAAGUAGCGGCGGCGACGACGAUCUCCGGCGAUUCGAGGAAGAAGUUGGAAGAAAACGAUGACGUCAGAUCGGAGAGAGUCUUAUACGACGUCGUCUCGAAGUCUAUUUCGUCAGUAGCGUUGAUUAUUCAAGGGAUGGCUGAUGAAACAUUGGAAUCAGCUAAAGAGUACUUAAGGAAUUUGAUUGAUUCCGUGGAGGGUAAGGAGAAGCUGAUGAGUCUUCAGAGUCAGUUAGAUAAAAGAUCCGAUCUUUGCAAAGAGACGUUGUCUAAAUGCGUUAAGGAUCAGUUAGACAUCUUGGUGGCGGUUAGAACAGGGCUUAAGUACUUCCUAUCUGGUAAAAUCCGUAUCCCAAUGAACGAGUUGGUGGAGAUUUUUAUGUUCGUGAGGUGUCGGAACGUGAAUUGCAAGGGUUUGUUACCUGUUGAUGACUGUGAAUGCAACAUCUGUUCGAAGAACAAAGGCUUUUGUAGCUCGUGUAUGUGUCCGGUUUGUCUGAGAUUCGAUUCGGCUAGUAAUACUUGUAGUUGGGUGGGGUGUGAUGUUUGUUCUCAUUGGUGUCACGCUGCUUGUGGGAUUCAGAAGAAUCUUAUUAAGCCGGGGGUUAGUUUGAAGAGUCCGAGAGGUAAUAAGACGGAGAUGUUGUUUCAUUGUAUUGGGUGUGGGCACAAGUCGGAGAUGUUUGGGUUUGUUAAGGAUGUGUUUGUGUGUUGUGCUAAGAAUUGGGGGCCUGAGACUCUGGUUAAGGAGCUUGAUUGUGUUGGAAAGGUUUUUAGAGGAAGUGAUGAUGCUAAAGGCAAAACAUUGCAUCUUAAAGCUAAUGAAAUGGUCAAGAAACUUGAGAGUAAACAGAUUUCUCCUGUUGAUGCAUCUAACUUCAUCAUUCAGUUUUUCAACUAUGCAGAAUCGGUAUCAGAGUUUCCUGAACCACCGAAGGAGCAAACAGUUGUAACAGAGACAAGCUACAGAAAAGAUGAAGCAUCUGUGACGCCUUCAACAUCAAAGGAUCAAAUGAAGAAGAGCUUUGCGUUGACAGAUGCAAUGAUGAACAGUUUUGAUAGUUUAGAGAGCAUGGUGAGAAUCAAGGAGGCUGAAACAAGAAUGUUUCAGAAGAAAGCUGAUGAGGCGAGAAUGGAGGCAGAGAGUUUCAAGAGAAUGAUAGAGAUGAAAACUGAGAAGAUGGAGGAGGAGUAUACAGAGAAGCUAGCGAGGUUGUGUCUGCAGGAGACGGAGGAGAGGAGGAGGAAUAAGCUUGAGGAGUUGAAGAAGCUUGAGAACUCUCACUGUGAUUACAGGAACAUGAAGCUGAGAAUGGAGGCUGAGAUUGCAGGAUUGUUGAAGAGAAUGGAAAGUACAAGACAACAAUUAGUAUGAAAAGAAAUCUGAAUUAACAGAGCUUCUUUAAUUAUCCAUUUAUUUGCUUCUUGUUGCCUUUUGUGGGAAAAUAUCAGUUAUAACUGCUUUAUUUGUUUUUCUCAAUUCUAAGUUUUUCUUUUUUUUUAAAUCUAAAACUUUAGUUUUUUGCUAAUAAUAAUUAUACAUAUUUUGUAUGUUUAUAUGAUGCCUUAGUUUUUUUUGAUCAAAUAUGAUACCUUUGUUAUGUAUAAAGUAAAUC